AGUAACAUGAUUUCAAGAGCAAUUUGAUGUAAAUAAGCACUUAUAAACAUUUUAAGACUACAAAUUGCAUUUGCCCUACAUGCUCAUACAGUUUUGUUGUCUUUGAAAAAUUUUCUUGUACUUAUUAACACCAAAUUGCACUCAAAAUCAUGUUGUUACAUGUACAUAUUCAUCACAAAUUUUUCUUCAAUGCGGUAUUUACAGGAACUUCUAGGAUUGCGUUUUGAAGAAAUUGAAGAUCCACAGGUGUGGAAUAAGGACAUACAGAUGGUAUGUAUCUUCACAUUGAUAGUCAGAACAAUAUUAUUAUAUUUUUCGUCUCAAAUAAUUUUAUUUUACGUGCGGUUCAGUGUUAAAAACUCCUGACAUUUUCUCUUUAUUUUGUUCAAACAGUUCAGUGUCCAAGAUGCAGCAUCAUCAGAAAUUAUAGGAUAUUUCUACUUAGACUUAUUUCCAAGAGAAGGGAAGUUUGGUCACGCAGCUUGCUUUGGACUUCAGGUGAAUAACCACAUUUAUUUUACCUCUAGAAUAUUACGCGUGCUGUGAUUGGUCAAAUUAGCGAGGGGUAUUCUGUUGCAUUGCACCCUAACAUUUAGAGCUUGUUAAACCUCUAUGACACAAAAUAGAGGAGCUGGGGCGGAUCCAGAAAUUUUUGAUUGGAGGGUCUAAGCUUUGAUUCAGAAAACGCAGAAUUCUUUUUUUCGCGGCAAACUGAAAAUUCAGCCAGUUGAGUAGUGAUAUGGGAUCCUGCUGCUGAAACAAUUUCAGGUCUGAUAGAAUAGAGGUCCAAUAGGAGCAGCCGAGUGCGAAAAAAAAAAGGGUUGGGUCGGGUCGCAUAACGAACGCGUUUUUCAUGCGACCCGACCCAACCCACCCUCUUUUUUUUCUGACUCCUCCGCUACUAUCACGUCAUAUUUACUGUUUUACUUCGUUUUACUUAAUGCACGUUUGGAAAAGGUCAUAUGCUGAAAUGAAUUAUUCCUACCCUUUUUUUUUAGCCCGGAUGUUUACUGGCUGAUGGCAGUAGGCAGGUAAUGGUCGCUUCUAUUUUUGUAUACCAUUUACAUUUAUUAAUUAUUCUUACAAGUUCACCUUCUAUUGGUGUUGGUUUUGAACGUUACUCUUCACAUCAACUGUGACCCGGCAAUAUUAUUUCAGAUUUCAGUUGCAGCCAUGGUGGCCAACUUUACAAGACCAUCGGGCGACCAACCAUCACUACUGACGCAUCAAGAGGUACGAUUUACAAUUGCGAAAGAAAGAAAUCCUUAAGCUUCGUAGGAGCUUCGUAGGAGCUUCGUGUAACCUUCUGUAUGGGCUCAUAAAUCGACGUGUACAAUCCAUGUUAAUCUUCUCCAUCCCUCGCCAAUUUUCUUCCCUCUUGGGUUAUCAUCGCCUCUCUUAUGUUUUUCAAUUACCAGACCAGUAUUUUGUAGUCAUUUACUAUUUCUUGUAAAUCUUCUCCAUCUUUUUCUAGCUUUGUUCCUUCUUGGUUUGUUAUCGCCUCUUUUGGGUUUUUCUAUGGUACUAAACUAAUAUUUUGAAGUCAUUUACAAUCCGCGUCAAUCCUCUCCAUCCUCUGUUAUCCUUUUUCCAACUCGAUUUAUUAUUGCCUCUUUUGUAUUUUUCUAUCUUACUAAACUGAUUUUUUUUUGUAGUCAUUUACAAUCGUUAUCAAUCUUCUCUGUUGUGCUUUUCUAUCUUACUGAACCGAUAUGUUGUAGUCAUUUACAAUCCGUGUCAAUCUUCCCUUUCCUUCACCAUUUCUGUUCCUUCUUGGUUUCUUAACGCCUUUUUGAUAUUUUUUUCUACUUUGUCAAACUAAUAUUUUGUAGUCAUUUACAAAUCCUUGUAAAUCUUUUCCAUCCCUAGCCAUCGUUGUGCAGUUCCUUCCAAGUUUAUAAUUGCCUCUUUACUUUUUUCCUCUCUUACAGUAACAAGAGAAUAUCUUGUAGUCAUUUUAAGUCUGCGUUAAUCUUCCACAUUCGUUGCCAUUCUUGUACCACUCUGCUUUAUUCUUACCACUUUCGUUUUUGUCUACUCAGGCAAAUUAUUAUGUUUAUAUAAUUAUUGUCCGACAUUCCUUCAAUUCAAGGUGGAGACAUUUUUCCAUGAGUUUGGCCACGUGAUGCAUCAGCUAUGCGCAAAAGCGGAUUUUUCAAUUUUCAGGUAAAUCUUUUGAUUUUUAGUUAAUAUUUUCUUUCAUAAAAGAUUGUGGCGCCCCACUCCCCCCUCUUAAGCCCUAAAACUAAUAAAAUCUCCGGAGAGGCUUAAUAGGGCGUUGCUUCCGGCUUUAGCUGGAAUCUUACCGUGUGUUGUCCUCUCUCAAAUCUGUAGUGGUACGAAUGUGGAAAGAGACUUUGUCGAAGCUCCUUCUCAGAUGUUGGAGAAUUGGUGCUGGGAAAAGAAACCUCUUCGUCGUAUGUCAGCCCAUUACAAAGGUUUGUUAAAAGGCUGUGAAAAACAGCGCGACCUAAAACAGGAUGUGUCAACUACUAAAGUGUUCAGAGGAUUGUUGCUCAUUCUGGGUUUUUAAUGUUUUCCUGGAAACGAAAUCUUCUGUUGCAGAUUCCAGUUCAGUUCCAGACGAAAUGCUGGACAAACUCAUAGCCUCUCGCAAUGCGAAUACAGGCGUGUUUAAUUUAAGACAAGUAGGUGAUAAUGACUUUUAUUGCUAUUAUAGUCUUUGUUCAAGGCUUUUGGAUGUACCAGUGCGAAGCUUUUGUAAUUAGAAAUUUACCUUGAGAAAUAUUGGAAAUAUCGUUGUUAACGUUAAAAAUCCUUGUUUCUUAUUAACAGGUUUUGUUGGCAACAUUUGAUCAAACAAUUCAUACUCAAGCUAAGGUACAAUUCCUAUCUUUAUGAACCUUACAUUUUUGUGGAAAUUUGUAGAAACAUAAUCUGAUUUUAGUCUGAACAGUGAACUGUCUCGUUCAAUCCCCACAGGCAAACACUGCGGAGAUUUUCUCCAAGCUUUCAUCCGAGAUACUCCGUAUACCAUCUUCACCAGGUGGGUUCAAGGGUCGUAUAGCACAAUUUUAAUUGAGUUUCAAAUUUAUCGUAGAAUAAAAUUUCAAAAUGCAUUUUCUUUUCUUUACUCUGCGAUUGGUCUGGAAAGUUCGCGCUACCCCCUUAACCAAUCAGAUGCAAAAGAAGAAGCUUUCGUGACUUGGUCACCCGCGUUUUCCCGCGCUCCGGGUAGAUUGUUUGUUUUGCCAUUAAAACUUCUGUGAUUGGUCUGAAAAGCUCGCGCUACCCCCUGAACCAAUCAAAUGCAAAAGAAGAUGCUUCCGUGACUUGGUCACCAGCGUUCUCCCGUGCUUCGAGUUGUUUGUUUGUUAUGCCUUUAAAAGUUCUCAUUGGCUUCCUGUGAUUUUUUUUCUUUUGUUCCAAUCGGCCGAUAUGAUUGCUUUGGGUUUGGUUUGUCGACACUUAAUCGAAAUGGCCUCUAAAUGUCUUGUACUUACAAGAAACAUUCCAGAAACAUCGACAAGUGGAUUCUUUGGAGUUCAAUGAGUCAAUGGUUUCUAGGGCAAUCAUCUAUCAUUCUAAAAUCGUAUGGGUUAUGGAGCAAAAAGAACGUUCAACCUACCAAAGAGGCACAUUUUUUUUCUCAAUAACAUUUAGUAUUACUACUAUUAUUAUUAUUUUUGUUAUCAUUAUCAUUAUUAUUAUUAUUAUUAUUAUUAUUAUUAUUAUCAUUAUUAUUAUUUUAUUUCGCGUGUUAGCGAAGGUGGCUGGUGCAAUCCGUGAAAGCGCUUUGGUUUUCAGCAUGGCUAAAAUUUUUUCUAGCCUCGCAAAACAGAGUCCAGUUUCCAGACCAUUCGGUCACGUCGCGGAGUACUAAAACACGUUAAUAUGUGGCUUUACUUUUCUUCUUUAGACACCAACAUGCCAGCCUCUUUUGGUCAUUUAGCUGGAGGAUACGAUGCACAGUACUAUGGAUAUCUGGUGAGAGAUCAUCUUAAUUAUUUUGAAUAUGAAAACGAUCUUCGUAGUAACGAGCCCUACUUAAUCAGUAGGUUUUUCUUCGGGGAUACUCGGUUGAUCUCCAGAAAACUUUGGUUGGCGACACAGUUGUAAUUUCUCAACUGGAUCUAAACCUUGGUUGACUUUUACGCCUUUUCUUUGUCUUCCAGUGGAGCGAAGUUUUCUCAUCGGACAUGUUUUACACCAGGUUUAAGAAGGAAGGAAUUAUGAAUCCUUCUGUUGGGCUCGAUUACAGGAAAUUCAUUCUUCAGCCUGGAGGAACUCUUGUAAGUACAUGUAAAUGGAAAAUGAAAAUAUGAAAAAGGGAAAAAUUUAAAAAUAAAAAAAAUUAAAAAGUGACCCAUCCAGUAAGGAAGUUAUCUCAGUUUUCGUAGCAUGAAGGGACAAGGGGAUUGCUCAAGACCUUCCCUGGAUGGGAACCCAGUCCAUCGCAGGGCUACUCCCCCCCUUUCGAUUUCCUAAGCCUCUCGACUUCUAUUAAAAAAGUGUUUUUUUGUGUGUGCAUUGAAAGUGUCUAAUAAGUAUUUUUUCUCAGGACGCCUCCGUCAUGCUGAAAAACUUUCUUGGUCGUGAACCUAACCAGGAAGCCUUCCUUGAGAGCAAAGGACUCAAGAAAUAGCAACAGUAUAACUUAUUAUUGGAAUUCAUUUUUUCAAAAUACUCGCACUAAAACCACAAGACUUUGUUGCCAGUGAGAAAGAAGACAUCAUUCAUACUUGAAACUUACCCACUCCAUCAAAUGGGUGUUUAUCUUCUCUACCAUAAGCUAUCGUUACAUAAGAUCGGUUUACAAUUGUCUCUUUUAAGGCCAGUGUCUCUUAGUUUAAUUUGAAUUUUCAAUAUGAAAUUGUAUGUUAUUGAAUAAGGUUACAUAAUUUCGUGUUAAAAUUGCGUGAUACCAAAUGUUGUAGUUGACUUAAAUUCUGUAACUUAGUUCUUUCACGUAAUUUAAUUUCUAAUUGAAAAUUCUAAUUUCAUUUAAAUCUCAAGCUGAUGUGUGUGAAGAAUAGGGAAAAUCUCAAUGUAACACCGUAUGACGGUGUAAGUUAAGGUGAAGUACGUGCAAUAAACUA